AUGCUUGUAAAGGUCAAGGGCAGCAAUUACAACAAUUGCAGCAAUAUUCUCAGCCACAGAAUCUUGGUCAGCCACUUCAGCAACCUGGUCAGUCAUUGCAGCAACCUGGUCAGCCACUGCAACAACCUGGUCUGCCACUUCAACAACCUGGUCAGCCACUUCAGCAACCUAGUCAGCCACUUCAGCAACCUGGACUUCCAGCCAAUUACGAGGACAUGCCCCGAGGGCUAUUUCUUCAAUUCCCAAGCUCAGUGGCCGGAAAACCCCUGUCUGCCAACUAUUGCUGCCCAGAGGGUAUCGACUUUGGAGCCCCAGCUGACCCAUCUCCCGCAGGUGGUUAUGACACCGUCUUGCGAGAAUAUCCGCAACGCCUACAUCGAUCAGGGACUCUGUGACUCCUACACUGAGUGCAGGAACUUCAAGCCAAUCAAGCGAGUGUGUCCUGAUGGUCUGAACUACAACCCGGCAGCCAAGUGGCCCGCCUACCCUUGCAGCUACCCCAAUGAAGCACCAUGCCUUGGAAGGCAGCAAAUUCUGGUACCCAAGCCAACAGCCGAAUGCCAACGUCAGUACGGCAUCUUCCCAUCCCCGAAGGCAGCGGCCAACGAGUGCGGCAGAUACGUCAUCUGCUCGGCCGGCUACGCCUAUGACAUGACCUGCCCUCUCGGUCUGGCUUUCAACCCUGCUACAUCCAGCUGCGACUGGCCCUACAAUGUUCUUUCCUGCAACGUCAAUGAGUUCUACGGCCUGCAGUGCCCUCCUGCUGAAAUUGACGAGAGUGGCAACCCCAUCGUGGUCAACCUGAAGUAUGGAAACGACUGCCAAUACUUCUUCUCGUGUGAGUCCGGCAAGGGCAAGCUGCUCAAGUGCGACCCGGGCUACGCCUUCAACACCGCCUCUGGCCGCUGUGAAAAUGCUGACUACGUAGAAUGCACUCCUCAAGGAGAUGCCAAACUCAAACCCGUCGCCCAAAGCUUAUCUUCAUAUUAA